AUGGCCCCGGUACCAAUAUACGUAAAAGGGGGUGUAUGGACGAAUGUGGAGGACCAGAUUCUUAAAGCAGCCGUACAAAAAUAUGGAACUCAUCAGUGGAGCAAAGUAGCAUCCCUUUUGCAAAAAAAAACUGCCAGGCAGAGUGAAUUAAGGUGGAAUGAAUAUUUAAAUCCAAACUUGAACUUCACAGAGUUUUCCAAGGAGGAAGACGCCAAACUUUUGGAUCUUGCAAGAGAAUUGCCUAAUCAAUGGAGGACCAUUGCUGAUAUGAUGGCCAGGCCCGCACAGGUCUGCGUCGAAAGGUAUAAUAGGCUAUUAGAAGGUGAAGACAGCGGUAAAGCUGCAUUAAGCACAGGAUCUACAGACUUGAAAGUCGGAGACAUCAAUCCUAACGCAGAAACUCAAAUGGCUCGACCAGACAAUGGUGAUUUGGAAGACGAGGAAAAAGAAAUGCUUGCUGAAGCCAGAGCUCGUCUGUUAAAUACCCAAGGUAAGAAGGCUACAAGAAAGAUAAGAGAGCGGAUGCUCGAAGAAUCAAAACGAAUUGCUGAAUUACAAAAGAGACGAGAACUGAAGCAGGCAGGGAUAAAUGUCGCCAUUAAGAAACCGAAGAGAAAAUAUGGCACCGACAUCGAUUACAAUGAAGAUGUCGUAUAUGAGCAAGCUCCCAUGCCCGGCAUAUAUGACAUAUCCGUUGAAGACCGUCAGAUAAAAAAAAAUUUUGAGCAGUUUGAGAGAAAAGUCAACAGAAAAGGUUUGAAUGGUGAUGAGGGCAAGUCAAGUAAAAAAUACAAGGACAAGAAAAGAAAACGCGACGAGAACGAAUAUCUUGAGAAAGCAGUACUGGGUGAAUCCAAUGUAUUGACGGAUGAGUAUAAGAAACCAAAACUUAUACUAUCUGCACCGGGGACGAAACAGGGAAAAGUGACCUAUAAGAACGAGCUAGAAAGCAAAAGACGAAAGCUUAUCCAGGCACAAGCAACAGGCACUGUGUUGACACCAAACGAACUGCCUCCCCACGAACCCGCCCAAGAAGAUAAUGAACGCAGUAACACAAAAAGUAAUAAAAAGCUAAAAACAUACAUACGAAAGUUUUUAGUGCAAAUGUUUGCAUCUUUACCGAGUCCCAAGAACAAUUUCGAGAUUGUAUUGAGUGAAGACGAGGAAGAAGAAGACGCAGAAAUAGCAGAAUACCAAAAAGAAAUUGAAAAUGAAAGAGCGAUGAAUGAAGAAUAUAACUCCAUAAAACCACUAUCUCAAAAAAAUACACCACUCGUGUCAUUAGUAGCCGUGCCAUUACCUAACACAGCACUACCCAUACCAGAAUUCAAAAGCAACCCGCAGUCAGUAACAGACCAUAAGUACAACUUGUUAGUCGCAAACGCUAUAAAUAAGGAAACUCACAUGGUACCAGAAGCCACGGCAGAUUUCCUGAAAGAGGUGGAAUCGCGUAUGCAGCAUAUAAUCCAAGCGGGCACGCCCACGAAAAUACAACUCAAACGAACGAUGCCUCCAAGUCAGGUUAUUCUGGAAUCAAUCCAGUCAAAGGUGGAGUCCAUCGAACUGUUACAGAGCAAACUACAACAUGUGAAACCGCUGGAACUACAGAAUAACAAUUUGUGCAGCACCCUCUGCCAUCACAGCCUGCCCGCCUUAAUUGAAGGGCAACGGAAAUACUACGCUGAUUACUACGCCUACCAGCAGGAGGCACGAACACUUGAGAGUCGCAAAAAACGUCUUCAAGACGUGUUGGAUUCCUCUUCCAUAUAG